CUUCAGAGUUUAGUCUGCCUUCGACUUGGCUGGCGACCAGACCAGACCACCUCAACUUUUAUUUUUAUGUUUUUUGUUUGUGUUUCUUUUUAUUUCGAAACUCUCUGGGUGUUGCACUGGCCAAUUGCUCGUGUUGGUGUCUCAACUGUGGUGUUUUCAAGUGCGCGUGGAUUCGACCCCCCCUAUUUAGUUUGAGAUUUCCUAUUCAACGAAGAAGAUUUAAUUUAAAACAAAAAUAAUAAACAAAUCUAAAGUGGUAAAAGAAGAAGAAGAAGAAAAAAAAAAAUAAGAGCGAUAGAAAGAAAGAAUAAAUCAUGGAAUCGGAGAUGGAUCUACAGCUGAUGCUGCUUCCGGCGGUUGUGACGGGUGAUGUUAUUCCGGCUACCAACAACAACGACAGCACGACCAACAACAAAAUGGUGAACUGCCGAGACGAAGAAGCCGAAUAUCUCGAUAGAUUGUUGACUGAAAAGAAACUGCUGGAUGCAAUGGCUGGAUUGGAUUUCACGCAGAAACUCAUCAACGCCGAGAUUGAGCGGUUGCUGAACGGCGGAAGUGUUAAAGAGUCUUCGGUGAACGGAAGCUGCAGCGGCACUGCCGGAGGAAGCAAACGAUUUUGCGACGUCACCAAAGACAAGCCCAUCAAAGUGACCGUCAGGACUUCGGUGCCGACUCGAGAUCAUCCAAAAUUCAAUUUCGUCGGCAAGCUGCUGGGCCCUAAAGGCAAUUCCCUUAAGCGUCUACAAGAAGAGACGCUGACCAAAAUGGCCAUUCUCGGUCGAGGAUCGAUGAGAGACAAACACAAGGAAGAAGAAUAUCGACAUUCACACGAGCCUCGUUACAGACAUCUCAACGAUGAUCUUCACGUUGAAAUAACAGCGUACGCAGCGCCAGCCGAAGCUCACGCUCGCAUCGCAUUGGCAUUGACGGAAAUUCGACGCUUCCUCGUUCCGGAUUACAAUGACGACAUCCGACAAGAGCAACUACGUGAAAUGCAAAUGAUGAGCGGAGGUCCCGGUGGGGGCGUUGCCAGUAGCGGAUGUUCCAGUAAUAACAGUUGCGGCAAUUCAAGCCAAGACGUCGACAACGCCGUCCAACAACAACAGCAACAACAACAACAUCUCGCAGCUGUACGUAGCGUCGCCGGCCUGACGUCGUCAACAUCCAACGUCAUGACGCUAAACAGCCCACUCCAUCAACAUUUAUCCGCCAUGGCCAAUCAACAGCAAAAUGGAAUGGCGGCUCCAUUACAGCGGGCCGUGGCAGCCGCCGCUGCUGCCGCCGCUGUCAAUUAUCCUCCCGUGCUUCCAUUGACGAUGCAUCCGGCCCUAAGGGGUUUGUGCAAACCAUCGCAAAACCUUUCCAUCGGCCUGACGGCAGCCGCCGGAACGUCUAACCUACUGAAUCGAUAUCGGCCGAACGCGGGCAAUGCCGCUGCGCUGCAAUUGGCCAACGGACCCAGCGGGAUGAUUAACUUGAACCAACAGCACCUACACCAUCAUCAUCGCUAUCGUCCUGGAGCUACCGGUUUGACCAGCCAUCGUUCAGCCGGAUACAAGGAUAAUAAUAACGAUAACAUUUACGCAGAUGCCAUCGGCGGAGGUACAACUAGCGAUCCAGCGGCUGUAGCUGCAGUCGCAGCCUUGGAACUUUAUCACAGAUACAACAUGCAGCAACAACAGCCGUACGGUAGCGAAGGUUCGGACGGAGUAGCUUCGCCCGACGACCGAGACGAAACGGCCGAAUCGGAUCUUCUGGCAUCGACAACGAACGGUGUCAUGACGGCCGAUUAUCCUCUGAUGGACGGAACGGCCGGUGGGCUCAAAUUGACGGCCACGGGGGCUCUAGAACGUUCCCGCUAUCGCCACGAACCCUACCCUAGAUACCAUUCGACUAAAGUGGUCACUUGAGUGGCCAAACCCAAAAAGAUACGAGACAAUAUCGACAACUUCAAAUCUAAAAACUGGGCUAAACAACGGGCUAAAAAGACGCUGCCAAACGAAAGUUUCAACACGAUAAAAAUUGAACAAAUCACGGGAAAAUGUCAAAGUUUUCAUCAAAAACUUGAAAUCAAUUGACCGAUAUCAUAUGCUAAUUUGUUUUCUUUCCUAGUGUAUUUGGUUAACUGUUUUUUUUUUUUAAAUUCUCCUCUCCUCCUUUAUUCAAAUGUUUGUGUGUACGAACUCUGAUGGCCGUCUCGAUAAAAUGUAACGGUCAAUCCGCUGGAUUUGCACAGUCUCGUUGUUCCUUCAAAUGUUGUCUUUUUCAUUUCAUCAUCGUGCCGAAUUUCUUCUCCUUUUGUUUCAUCUGUCGUUGUUUAAAGCACUGCGUCACUCGUCUUCUAAUUAGAAAAUGUGCUUCUCCUCUUCGUUCAGUUCUCUCUCCCCCCCCUACCCGUUUAGUUGUCACGUCAGUUAAUGAUCCACUUCGCAUUCAACUGCCGGGCAAAGAAAAAUGUACGCACGCAUCUCUCAAUUUUUUUGCUGCCUAUGUCCACUGUCCUUUUUUUAUAUUUCCAAUUAUUUUUCUGUUCUCUUUCUGUCUUUGGCACCUUCUUUUUGUGUGUGUCUUUCUCACGUACGUGUUGUGUGCGUUCUUUCCUCGCGUUUCUGGAAUUUUUUUGAUUUUCUUGCCCGCCUCAUCAUCCAUACAUCAUCACUGUGCGACAUUUCUCUCUCUUGUUUUUUCUAUGGCCUUCAUCCUUUUGACGCACUUUGCAUAUUUUUCCCCAUCUCUUCCGCCGCGUAAAAAGAACAAAACAGAAAUUGUCCUGAUACAUUAAUGCUAUCGCAACAGACGGAAGAUGCGAAAAGACCCCGAAAGACAACAACAAAACCAAAUGACAAUAAUAAAAUAAAAAUAUACGAGAACUUUAUCGUUUCAUGCGCAUA